AUGGCGGAAGCAGCACAGCCAAUCAUUCCGAGCACCGAAUUCAUUCGAAGGUAUGAAGGUCAUAAAGGAUCCGUACUCGCAGUCGCAGUCCCCGAUAAACGAAGUAUGGUGACAGGCUCGAAAGACAAGAUGCUUCACCUGUGGGAUAUGAACAGCGGGGUUGUGGUGAAAAAAUUGAAGGGGCAUACUGACUGGGUGCGGGCCUUGGCGGUAUCGCAAGACGGGCUAUUGAUAGCAAGCAGUGAUUGGAGCGGAAAGGUCCUCGCCUGGCACGGAGACACUGGAGAAUCUAUCACAACCCGAGCCAUCGCAGCUCAUUCCACAUACAUCAACUCGCUCGAAUUUUCUCCAGAUCGCGUAGUGCUGGCGUCCGGAUCAUUUGAUAAAACAACGAAAUUAUGGAGCACGAAGACGUGGCGGCUGGAAGGAAAUCUCAAUUGUGGUGAUGAAGUCAACUGCAUUCGUUAUUCGCCGUCUGGCGAACAUCUGGCCAUCGCGACAACCAAAAAUAUCCAAAUAUGGGAACCAGACACGAAGAAGUGCAUUGCAACGUUUGAGGCUCAUGCAGUGGUCAAUCAUGCAUACAAUAUGUCACUUGCGUGGACGUCCGAUAGCACACGCCUUCUCUCAGCGGGCAAUGGGUCUGAUCCAACCAUACGGGAAUGGGAUCCAUUGACCUGGCAGCAACCUCCGCAUCCAGUGAUGAUCACAUCCGCAUCUGGCGGCUCUCGGAUCGACGAACCAUCGCCAUAUUCGAACCACUCCAGGGUGAACUGCAUCGCCUUCUCUAUGAACAGCAAGCACAUCUUCAGCGGAGGUGGCGAUGAUAGGGUCUCACAAUGGCUGGUCCCCUCCGUUUCGCCAGUGCCUCUGGUUCAAUCAGAGAAAGGGGGUACAAAUAUCAGUCCCCGAGAUGCUGAGGAACAGGCGUCCGAUAGGGAUACCCCAUAUAAUAAUAAUGUCAUUUUAUCGGAGCGUCCGGUUAAAAUGGAUCAAGGGAGCUUGAACUUGAAGAUCAAGGUGACAAAGGCCAUUGAACGAGUUUCCAGCAGGAGUAGUAACGAACGUCAGAUUCAAAAGGAGGGAAAAGAUACAACGAUUGGGCUACCAAAGACCAACGAAAAGGCGUCCAAAGAGAAUGCCCCGUGCAAGAGUCGUGAAGCUCCAAAGGCCAGCUUCCCUGAUGGGUCCACUGGCAAGUCUCCAGUAAUGUCACCCAGGCUACAAUCCUCACCCGCAUUUUACUUAGCUCACAAGCAAGAACGUGGCAUACUCUACAACAUAAGAGGGAAGUCGGAAAACACGCCAUUCAAGCAAGCGCUUCUCGAUGCACAAAAGGCCAUAGAUCACAACCCUUCGUCUUAUCACGGGUACGAGUUGAAGCAUGCGGCGCUCCAUGGUGCACGGCGCUAUGACGAGGCAAUAGACGCUUUCUCAACUAUGCUCUCCAAGUUGAACUAUGCUUCCGAUGUGCAGAUUCGAUCGCUGCGCGAGCAAUAUUUCAGUGUAUCUGAUGCAGAACGUGCUAUUCGACAGGCCAUUGACGCUCAACUCGAUAACGCUCCGCUCCGUCUCCUUAACACUUCCAAUUUGCGCUUAUACGAUCAAGAAGGGCAGAUAGAUACCUUCAAAGCCAGCACAGAGUACAAGGAGCUUAUAUCAUUGACAAUGAAACAUGCAGACCUCCGAACGGAGCGCAUCAACGAAACAGUGGCGAUGUACUUUCGCUGCGUCAUGCUAUCGCAUAGGUGGGAAGGGAAGGAGCCACUACUUCAAGACAUCCAGAACAAGGUUGUGCACGAGCCACGUAGUGGCAUCGUGAAGUUGCAGUCGUUCUGCAAAAUUGCUUGUAAUGCGGGGUAUCGCUGGGCGUGGAUGGAUACAUGCUGCAUCGACAAGAGUAACCACGUGGAGCUUCAACAAUCGCUCAACUCUAUGUUUGUCUGGUAUCACCACUCAGCACUUACCAUCGUCUACCUCUCGGAUGUUUCACCUUCGUCCAAGCCUGGAGCACUGGCAAAGAGCGCUUGGAACAACCGAGGAUGGACCGUUCCGGAAUUUCUCGCUCCGAAAACCAUUCUCUUCUAUCAAAAGGAUUGGACCCUAUACCUCGAUGAUCGCUCUCCCAACCAUAAACAAUCCCCUGCAAUCAUGCAGGAGUUGGCAGAUUCGACGGGCAUAGAUCCAGGGGCCCUCGUUGCCUUCCAUCCUGGGAUGAGAGGUGCACGAGAGAAACUCCAAUGGGCGUCAAGGCGUGUCACCACGCGACAGGAAGACAUUGCAUACUCAUUGUUCGGUGUCUUCGGCGUCCGCCUACAUGUUGAUUACGGAGAGAAGAAGGACAAGGCAGCUCGGGCGGCUCUUGCAGGAGAUAAGUUCAACAGCUGUUUGCCAGCCGACAUCACCUCCUACACUGCUCCGCCACGCACACUGCCAUCUCUGUCUGAAGAUAUGAUUCAGUCAUCAGUCUCCUUGCUGCGAGGUGCCGUGUCUGUGGAGUCGGCUUCGAACCUUCAUUCAGAGCUUGAAAGCCUGAGCGCCCCCCGUUUCGCGAACUGCAGACUUCAUCUUCCUUGCAUCGUAUUCCGUGUUACAGAUGUCAGACGGCUAGCUAGUCGAAACCAGGAGACAGCUUCCACAUACUCAGUCAAAGCAGAGGGGCUUCAUGCUAUACAGAUCACCACGGAAGACAAGCUGAUUCAGUUCUCGCGGGCAAGACCGAUUCAGCAGACGUUCUUGCUCGUCCGUCCGUGGGAUCGUUUUCUCAUCGAGCAGCCUGAUUUUUCAGAGCAGCCUGACUUUGCAGAUGACGUGCAGAGCGAGAACCACUAUUGGGAUACACCCGAGUCUCCUUUACCCGAUUCGCCCACCGGGAGUCUUGAUUCGGAGUUCCACUCGCGAAUGUUGCGACUGAUUGUUCGCCUUGGACAGCCUUUCAGUGCAUUGUUGCUAGCGCAGCAGCGAGGCAGAGAAUAUAAGAGAAUCGCGUCAGAUCAAGGUAUCAGUUGCACAAGUUAGAGACGUAGCUGCUGUUGACAAGAUGAUGGACGUCAAGACACUAGAGAUAUUGUAGAUAUAUACAUUAAGGAAUAGAUAUCUCCGAGCACUUGGCAUUCGUACAUUUACACCACUCUUACGCGCACAUACCCCUGUACUCGAGUUUCGUGUCGUAGUUUUCUGGCUUACUACAUAGUACGGAGACAGAAUCUCCACCGACUAUGAGUCGGUUUACAGUCUCGGAUUUGGCGCGGAGCGCUACGUCUGGAUAACUACGGUGGCGACGCGAGUGGGACCCAUGUACGAGGUACAAUUGUCGAGGAAGAUAUGGUUGUAGCUGGCAUGACCAUGGCAACGCAAAGUUCCAAGAGAAAUGACCGUCCAGGGCGAACAGACACAGUGAUCUCUUGGGCGUCCAACUUGGGCGCGACAAACACUAGGUAUGAUGAUGAAAAUACUGUACAAAUUUGUCACAAUAUGAAGUGUCUCGAUUGUUCGUGAUAUAC